UUUUUUUAACAAAGUGGCUAAAAAUCCCAGAUGGGAAAACUCAUGUCUGGCAUUAAUCAACAUCAAAUUGAACUCCAAAAAAGUGUUUGGAAAUUUCAUUUUUAUACAGAAAAUACUCCUGUUCUUGUCAGUGCACAAAGGAAAUUUCCUCUUUGGAUUUUUCUUCCAAUUCUCAAUAAAUUUUCAUGCUAACAGAUACCAACCAUGAUAGCUAAAAUUAAAAGAUUAGGUUAUAGUUUUGAUCUUUCAUUGUUUUUAACAAACAAAUGAGUAGCAAUUGCCCCGGUUUAUACUUCGAUAUAGGCAAGAAAGCCAGAGAUGUUCUCUAUAAGGAUUAUGCUCAGAAGCCGCCUACUCAUUUUAACUACAAAUGUCUGGACUGGAUGUUUGAUCUCUCUUGUAAAAUAGAAGCUGUUGCGCCUGGACUCAACACCGUUGUUGGCUGUGCAAUUCCCAGUGCUGCAAAGGUGGAACUACAACACUUGCGUGAUUUUGCUGGAAUUACUGGAGGCAUUGAAUUGAAAACAAACUCCUUUGGAGGAUUUGAUCCUGUACUGAACUUCUCCGGUGCAGUAGGAACCACUCUGUUCUCUGUUGGAACCGACGUUGGAUUUGACAUAGCAACAAGGGCAUUUUCCGAACUCAAUGCUGGUUUAAGCUUCAAUAGUGCCUUCCUUAUAGCUUCAUUAAACUUGGAUAGGCUUGACAUGAUUAAAGCUAGCUGCCAUUACACAGUGAGUCCCCAGACCAACACAGCCAUUGCAGCCGAGUUAAAACAUAGGUUUUCAGUCAACGAAACUGCCCUCACAAUCGGUGCACAGCAUGCAUUCUUCCCUUUUAUGACCGUGAAGGGUCGAAUAAGCACACAAGGAAUGGUUUCUGCCCUCGUUCAGCAAGGGUUGUGGGAUAAAUUAUUUCUGACAAUAGCUGGAGAGGUGGAUUUUCUAAGCUCAGGAAUGAUUCCGAAGCUUGGAGUGUCUAUGGCUUUCAGAAUCUAAAUAAAAAUUCAAGCAAAGAUCGAUCCGACAUUUGAAUGAUGGAAAAUAGCCUCAUCUGGUGAUAAUGACCUACUAAAGUUGAAUUUUCUGGUGUUGCAUACUAGAAUAAUUUUCCUUUACACAUUCAUAUGAACAUUUUCUCGGGCAUAUAUUAUAGUUAUAAUUGAGAUAUACUGGUUUUUGUACUAUUUUUAUAAUGUCGAUCGAAAAAUAGGAGGAAAAAAAAAAAUUAUACAAUUCCUAACAUAGUAAUAUAAUGAGAAUGGAACUUAAUAUUUCA